AUGGCUUUUCCGUUUACCAUAUCGGGCAGCGGUCCCUAUGUUGGCUUCUCUCGUCCAUCCUUUCCCAUGACCCCUCCAAUAUCUUCACCUACUCCAAUAUCCUCACCUACUCCUACAUACUCAUCUACUCCCACAUACUCGCCCACCUCAAUUUUCAUCUCGCAAUCGAGCAGUAUUUCGGUAGAUGAUCCAGAGGAUCAUCAUGGUCGUGGUGUAUGGAAAAGUCUCCCUGACGGUGCUCAAGCCGCGAUCUUAGUAAUCAUCGUGGUUAGUGUCCUGAUUAUAAUCUCGUUUUCCGCCUGGUUCUGUUGCGGAUGUUGCGGAUUUCGGCGGUCUAGACGGAGAAGAAGGCCACAAAGCAGAUCAAAAGACAUAGCUCAAACCCCGAACGCCGGCAACGGAAGUGCUGUGCCAUUACAUGCGGUCAACAAUCAGGGACCGCAAACCGGAUUCAACGAAAUGCCAGUUGUAGAAGCAUCUCCACCCGCAUACGAAGAGUCGGUGCCGCCACGGCAUUCGAGAAUUGCUGGCGGUAUAUCAACUACGAGCGAUGAGACCGAGGGGGUGAUUUCGGAUGGCAAAAUACCUCUAAGUGAGAUACCAUUCGAGGACGUCAGACUUGACGAACACAGCACUGGAUCCUCUUCAAGUCAUACAUUCGAGCAAGCUCAUCAUGAUCUGGGACCAGGCCAAAGGCACCUUGAUUUGGGAGGAGAUGCUCGCUUACAGAGGCAUUUCGAGAUGGGUGGGGAUACUCGAGGACAUACGAAUUCGUGA